CAUGAUGGUCUAGCUUCAACUGACACAUGGUUUUAACCAUUGAUAAAAUUAUCAUUUUAUUGUAUAGAUCUAUAAUAUUCAUGAAUAUUUCUCUUAUUUGUUUGAAAACAAUUUUCAUAGAGUUCAUAUCUAAUCCAUGUCAAAUUCAUUAUACUAUAUUAUAUUGGAUUAUUGGAUAUGUAAUUAUGAUAAUAUUAGGAUUUUUUAUAUUGAAUCAACUCAAUUUCAUUGAACAUCAUUGUCAAACUUUAUAUAAAAGGAUAGAAAAUAAAAGUAAUCUAUAUAAUGUUUCUGAUUUACCAUUUAUAUUUAUUGGAGGUCAUACAAAUACAGGUACUGAUCUAAUGGGAAAUAUUCUAGAUACUCAUUCAAUGGUUCGUUGCAGACCUAAACCAAUUAUAACAAAAUUCUUAUUGCGAUACAGAAAGAACAGACUACAUUCAAUGGAGCGAUUAGUAGAAUCUGGUAUCACUGCAACCGUGUUAAACAAUGCUGUGGCUGCAUUUAUUGCAACAAUAAUCAAAGAAAUAGGUCCAAGGACACCUAGACUAUGCCACAAUGAUCUAGAAUCAUUUGAUUAUCUUGAAGACUUAAAUAUCUUGUUUCCAAAAGGAAAGUUUAUUCACAUCGUCCAAGAUGGAAGAGCCACUAUUGCUUCAGAAAUAGCUAGAAACAUCAAUUCUAAUUAUACAUCUGAAAAUAUCACAGAAGCAAUUUUAACUUGGGAUGACGAAACAACACAAAUAUUAGAGGAUUGUGAAAACAUUGGUAAUGAAAAGUGUUUAACUGUACGUUAUGAAUGUUUAGUAUUGAAUCCACUCAGAGAAAUCCAGAAAGUUCUCCAUUUUCUCGAAUUGCCAUGGGAUGAAAAACUACUUAGAUAUGGAACUGACUCCAGUCGAACAGAUCAACUAGUUCACAACAAUUCUCUAGAUGCAUGGUCAAAAGCAAAUUCACUCCUAUCAGAAGAACACAUCGAAUUCAUGAAUGAGAAUUGUUUGGCACUAAAACAGUUGGGUUAUCUUACAGAUGAAAUCCCACCGAAUUAUGCUACAAUCUGCAACAUCUAAACUAUUCUAAAAAAACACAUAGUCAGUAACAAGUUGAAAUAUGAUAACUUGAAUUUGUAUCUAUGAAAAAACAUCUCUAUUCAUUAGUGUGCAUUGUGUGUGUUGUGUUUAUUGUGUUUACGUAGAAACUGUAUUUUUGUACACAUUGAUGUAAUAAAUAUGUGAUUUCAUGGGAAGAAAUAGUCAUUUGACAUGUUACAAUACAGGGUUAUUU